GCCGCACGUCAUUCGCUUGCGACUCUUUCAGUCUCCGGCCGCCUCUCGGUAAAGACGUCAGCGAUCUUCCCGGCUUCGGAUCGGCAGAAGAAGAGAGAGCCGAGUUCACUCAUAAAACAUCGUUGGACGAGAGUUGUAUGUCAGUUCAUAACCAAGGACAACUGAAGAUUCAGGACAGAGGCAUGGCAGAGCUGGGCGUGCAGGCAGGGCAGAGCCUGCUGCUGAUGUGGGGUCACCCAUCCAGCCCCACGGCAGUGAAGGAGCAGGUGGAGAGCCUGCAGAAAGCAGUGGGAUCCCAGGGCAAGGUGGCAAUAGAAAACAUUGACAGACUACGGCUGUCCUCUCACCCGGAGUCCAGCUUCCACUGGGUCCUGUCCGGCCUGCUGCCGGACAGCACUGUCAUCCACAGCUCAGAGACCUUGGCGGAGAUCGGCCGAGUGCUGAAGCCAGGCGGAAAUGUCAUCCUGGAGGAGCCUGUCUCGGCCUCAGGUAACAACAACAAAGUGAAAACUCUUAGCAAACUUAUUUCAGCCAUGAAGAUGUCGGGACUGGUGUCCGUGUCUGAGGUCAGAACCGAGCCCUUGAGUUCUGAAGUCGCCACGACUGUGAAGGAGGCCACUGGGUACCAGGAGAGUGACCUGUCCAGAGUUCGGAUGUCUGCCAGCAAACCCAACUUUGAAGUGGGCUCAUCCAGCCAGCUGAAGCUGUCAUUGGGAAAGAAAGUGGCUCAGAAAGAGAAGCCCGCCCUGGAUGCCAGCACAGCGAAGAUGUGGACACUGUCUGCCAAUGAAAUGAACGAUGAUGAUGUGGAUCUCUUGGACACAGAUGCCUACCUUGACGAGGAGGACCUGAAGAAGCCAGACCCGGCCUCUCUGAGGGCCCCCAGCUGUGGAGAGGGGGCAGCCACGAAGAAGAAGGCUUGCAAGAACUGCACAUGCGGGCUGGCGGAGGAGCUGGAGCAGGAGACCAGGGAAGCCCAGAAGCAGACCCAAUCCAAGUCUGCCUGCGGGAAUUGCUACCUCGGAGAUGCCUUCCGCUGUGCCAGCUGCCCGUACCUCGGGAUGCCCGCCUUCAAGCCCGGAGAGAAGAUUGUUCUGCAGGAGACGCAGCUCACAGAUGCCUAGAGCUCCCCCCCAUCCCAAGGGCUGACACAUUCCACCCUUCCUGCUCGGCAUGUCUGCCGAGCCCCUGGGAAAAGACAGGUCGCGUUCCAGGGAUUAUCACAGCUGCGUUUUAGUCUGGAUUUCCCCACUGUAGAUGUCAAUUACCAGUUUUGUCCAUAAGAAAGACGGACAACAAUCAGAUCUAAUCAAACCAGUCCAGUUAGCAGUUUCUUCUGAGCAGAACCAUUCACUUCAUUGCUCUCACUUGUCAUCCCAUUAUGCAGGAAAGAGGUUUUAAAUCGUAUGUCAUGUCUGAGGGAUGUAGAGAAGCAAUGGUUAUUAAUAUCUCCAAUUUAACUUGAGAUAAACAAAUAUUAAAAUGUACAUAUUUCAAAAAAAAAUCAAACAGGUGUCUUUCUCCUCUGUCCUAUGAGGUUGUGAAUAAAGCAGCUUUCUGUAGCAUGUACACUGUAGAAACAAAGGCUAAUAAAGGGGGUGUAUUGUUUUUCACACUG